UUUUGCGGGGCAACAAGUGAAUAAAAAAGAAGAAAAUGGGUGCGAAAAUCUAUUCGUCAGCAUAAAUUAUUUUCAAUUUUAUUCAAGUAUCACUCAAUAAAGUUUUUUUUUUUCUUUUUCUUUUAAUUUUUUAUCAAAAAAAAAAAAUGCCAGUUGAAGGAUUUAAAGUAGACGUUGAAAAAGCUGUUGGACAUCAAUUUGAUAGUGAGCCUGUUAUAUGCAAUAGAAGAGAUUUUAUUUUAUAUGCACUCGGUGUUGGCGUAAAGGAAGAUGAGUUAAAAUAUCUUUACGAAUUAGAUCAACAUUUUACACCUUUACCUACUUAUCCUUUAGUCCUUACACUGAAGGGUAAUGAUUUUAAUGUAAAUCUUUUUAAAGACCGUGCUCAAGGUAAAGGUUCUCUUCCCGGUAUGCCUUAUUAUGAUCCUAAUAAAAUUGUUCAUGGUGAGCAAUCUUUAAAUAUCUUUCAUCCUUUCCCUGUCGAUGGUGGUCAAUUUAUGGCUAAAAAGACAUGUACUGGUGUCUAUGAUAAAGGUUCUGGUAUGGUUAUUGAAAUGACUGUUGACAUUUACGAUGAACAAGAAAAAGUGAAAUAUUGUAGUAUGGUAUCAAAAUCAUUUGUUCGCGGAUAUGGUGGCUGGAAUGGUCCUAAAGGACCUAAGGCAGUCUCUUAUUUGCCUCCAAAGCGUAACCCGGAUGCAAUUGAAGUAUUUACUACUACAUUAAAUCAAGCUCUUAUUUAUCGUCUUUCUGGUGAUUAUAACCCACUUCAUGCAGAUACUUCUUUAGCUCCUAAGAUUGGUUUCCCUAAACCUAUUCUUCAUGGUCUCUGCACUUAUGGUGCAUGUGGACACGCUAUCAUAAAAGCUUUAGCUAAUAAUGAUCCUUCAAGAUUUAAAUCAAUUGAAGCACGUUUUGCUUCUCCUGUCUUUCCUGGAGAAACAAUUGAAAUCUAUAUGUGGAAAGUGGAUAGUCAAGAUCAUCCAAAGACAGAGGAAGGUGUGAUCUUUAUUGCGAAAGUGAAAGAAAGAGACAUAGUAGUUAUCAAUAAUGGCUAUGCUGUACUUUAUAAAAAGUCCAGUGAAUCUAAACUUUAACUCUUUUUAUUAUGAGGAGUAGGAAAUUCAAGUCUUCUAUGAAGACCAUACGUGAUAUCAAUAUAAUCCGGUUCAUCAUCAGGAGUAAUAAAAGAAUGUCGCAUCAUGAAAUCAAUUGCCACUAAUGCACAAUUAGGUUUCCAUUCAUUAUUUAAAAUCGUUUCUUUUACUUUUUCUAAUGGCCAAAGAUAAAAACAUUCUGCUUCCCCAUCACGAGGAGUAGGUGUAAAGUCUUUUGGCAUUUCCAAGUCAAAUAUGUAUUGAGUCUCUGGCUGUAAUCCACCA